AGGUUAAAAAGAACUUCAUUUUGCUGUUUUUUUUUUUUUAAACAAAGCUGCCUAAUAAUUACCUGUUAAUAAAAUAAAUUAUUGGGCCAUAUAUAUGUGAAGGGCAAUUAGGAACUUGUAUUUCACUGAUACCAGGUAUUUCGGGCUUUAGAUUUAUAUUUUUGGAAGUAAACGACAAUAAAUUUUGCUUCAGAAAAUAUCAAAAGAAAUAGCUGGAAAAUAUUUUCGCAACGAUUGAGAAAUAUAUUUCCUACCAAAGUUAUUAAUACAACGUUUUUCUCAUGUCCUUAACCGCAACUACGGAACGACUACCCUGGCGCACUUGCGGCCUUCACGUGAUUUGAAGGUCAAUCUUAGCAAAAAGCUGCAGCAUGGCGGCGGUAGCAGCAGAAAGUACAUUGGAAAACCAGACGUCCUUUACAUCGAGGUGGUUAGGAAAUAUGUUUAAAGCAGACUGUGAAGCCAGGAAAAUUGAUGUCUUUAAAAGAGCAGACACUGAGAAACUACGUGAGAUAUUUCUGAAGUAUGCUAGCCGCAACAUUCAAGAUGAACAUUUUAUGACCUAUGAUGACUUUGUCUUGCGUUACCUGCAAGUUUUGAAACCUGAUAAAUAUGAUGACUAUACUUUAAAGCUUUUUGCCUCUUCUGCUGACACCACUCGAGACCAGUUGAUUUCAUUUCAUGAGUUUCAAGCCUUUGAAGCAUUACUGUGUCUUCCAGAUGCCCUUUAUGCCUUGGCUUUUACCAUUUUUGAUCAAAAUGGCAAUGGCUACAUCACCUGUGGUAUGUUUUUGUUACUACCAUUAACUGCCUUAUUCUUGUUUACUUUGCAGGUCACCUUAGGAGGUGAACGCCACCGCCAAGUGAGCUACACCUACUUCAUUGCCUUUAUUUCCUUGUUGAAUAAUAUGGAACUUGUCAAGAAAGUUUAUCUUGCCGCUUCUCAAAAGGAUUUCACCCGAGAAGUAACAAAAGAGGAAUUACUAUACCAAGCCCAGGACUUUGCUGCCCAACUUACUCCAAUGGAAGUUGACAUCCUUUUCCAGUUAGCUGGUCUUCGACAACAAACUGGCGUUAGAAGAAGUUUUGGCCGUAUACGAUAUGAAGACCUGGAAUGUGUAUCCCCCAUGGAAGGGAGAGAGACUCCAUACUCCAUCCAGAUGCAAAUAGCUGAAGAGAAGAUCCGUCUUGCUGAAGGUGCUGGUCGUCAGCCAUUAAUGAUGGUGUUAGAAAAUGCUUAUCGUUUUACUCUUGGUUCUGUGGCUGGAGCUACUGGAGCUACAGCUGUAUACCCCAUCGAUCUUGUUAAGACCCGUCUUCAGAAUCAACGCUCUGGCUCCUAUGUUGGAGAGUUGAUGUAUAAAAAUAGCUUUGACUGCUUUAAAAAAGUUUUGCGUCAUGAAGGUUUUACUGGCCUUUAUCGAGGAUUGGCUCCCCAACUUGUUGGAGUUGCUCCAGAGAAAGCUAUUAAAUUAACAAUGAAUGACUUAGUUCGUGAAAGACUAACACAGAAAGACGGCUCAUUAUCUAUUCUAUCGCAAAUAAUUGCUGGUGGUUGUGCGGGUGCAUCACAGGUGGUGUUUACAAAUCCUUUAGAAAUUGUUAAAAUUCGCUUACAAGUUGCUGGUGAAAUUGUUGGGAAACGUAUCAGUGCUUUAUCUGUGAUCAGAGAACUGGGAUUUUUUGGCUUGUAUAAGGGUGCCAAAGCCUGCUUCCUUCGUGAUAUCCCAUUCUCUGCAAUAUACUUCCCUCUUUAUGCCUAUUUAAAAAAACAAUUUGCUGAUCCAAAUGGUUACAAUUCUCCUGUAAGUUUACUUUGCGCUGCAACUAUUGCAGGUAUUCCAGCUGCCUCAAUUCCUACUCCUGCUGAUGUUAUUAAAACCAGAUUGCAGGUUGCUGCUCGAUCCGGUCAAACCACAUACAGUGGAGUAAUAGAUUGUGCAAGGAAAAUUUUGAAAGAAGAAGGUGGCAGUGCAUUUUGGAAAGGUGCUCCAGCUCGUGUAUUCCGUUCUUCCCCACAGUUUGGUGUAACUCUUCUUACUUAUGAAUUGCUACAACGAAUGUUAUACAUAGACUUUGGAGGAAGGCGACCUGAAGGAUCAGAGGCACGGCCAACAUCCCUUGAAGAAAAGAUGUCAAGAAAUCCUGAUCACAUUGGCGGUUAUCGUUUAGCACUUGCAACAUUUGACGGUCUGGAAUCAAAAUUUGGUCUAUGUUUACCAAAGUUUAAAACUCCACAAAUUAUCCCAACAUCUUUGCAACCUACUUCUCCUCAGUAGAAUUCCCAUCUCAGGCAAGGAUCUAUGUAUCUUAAGUUAAGGCUAGCAAAUUAAUCUAAGACAUUUUGUUCUGUAAGAUACCAUUGUGUAUAAAAAAAGAAGAAAAAAAACAACAAAAAUAUAACAAAAACUAUGUGAGUCAUUCACAUGAAGAAAAUCUAUUAUUACUAUUAUUAUUAUCAUUAUUACUAUUAUUUUUGUAUUAUAAUUAUUUAUAUUAUUGUUAUUAUCAUUGUUAUUUGUAAAAAUAAAACCGACAAAAAAAUGUAACAUUGGAGAUAAGAAAAGGAAAUGAGAGGGAAAAAAUGGAUUUAAAAAAAUAUUUUUGUUAUGACAUGAACAGGCAAAUAUACACAGUGUUUUGUGUUAUGAAUUCUAGGUGAAAUAUUGCUAUUUUCAAAAGUUUGCAACAACUGAACUGAUUACUGUUCUCUUUAAAUCAUUGAAUAAUGGUAAAUUGUGACUUACUCAUCAAAUGUUAAUGUUCAAUUAUUUUUAGUUGAUACAUUCUGUCAUUAUUAUGAUUAUAUAUUUUUUACUCACCGUCUUGGAGUUUUUUCAUUCUUAAUUAAAACCAGACAAAUAAAACUACCUAGAUAGUUGUGUAGCAGCCAAGGAAAAACAAAAUAGUUUUUAAAUUCAAGGGAUUUAAUUGCAUUUGUUAUAUGUGACAUAUAUCAUCCCUAUUUUUCCUCUGUUAUGAUAGAUAUUUCAUCCUAAUAACCAACAGCAAGCAAUAUGGCAAUUGCUCUCUUUCCAUUAGAAAUAUAUUUUAUUGAUUCAAAUGUUUAUUAUGAAUGUGUUUCUCACUUUAGAGAUGAACAUUAACUAUAAGUUUAUCAUUAACUGUAAGUUUAUCAAGUGUUUUAACUUAAUCAUAUUUACAUUUAAAAAGACUGAAGACUGUGACAUAACACUUAAUUGCUGUCAUUCAUCAUCAAAAGUCAAGUGGAAAGGAAUAUUGUCAUCUUUUAUUAUAACAGUAGUUUCUUUCCUUGUGAUAUAACCAAAUUAAGAACAAUUAUUUAAAACUCUUUUUGAGAAUUAGAAUCUCAUUCUAUAAACCUUGUUUUAAGAUAUGCCAUUUAAAAAAAAUUUAUUUUGUUUAUUCAGUUUAACAAUUUUUGAAAGAUAUUUUUUGCAUUUAUAACCAGUUUAUUUAAUUUGAAUUACUCCCCAUACUUCCAACACUUAACAUUUAUUUAAUUCAAUGUUUUAUAUAAUAAUGCAUAGGGAAAGUUUUUGCUCAUUACUUCAUCAAUUCCAUACCAUUUUACUCACUAUAUACACUGUUUUAUUUGAGUUUUUUUCUCAACUGUCAGUCGCUGCUAGCUUGGCUAAGUACUAUGCAACUUUCAGAAUCUGAGAAGAACUGGUAUUUUUAAUGCCAAUUCUCUUCAAUGUUUUUCUUUUUCUGAAAACAAGUUAAAAAAAAGGAAUUAUCUGUUAUUUUCUAUUAAGAGAGAUGUCAGAACAAGUUGUUAACAUUUGUUGUUAUUCUAUUUCUGCUGUUAUAUGGUUCAGCAUGUCUUCUUAUUUCAACCAGCUGGCAGAAUCAUUUAGCAUGCCGAACGAAAUGCUUUGUAGCAUUUCUUUCAGCUCUUUAUGUUUUGAGUUCAAAUGCCACUGAGGUUGACUUUGCCUUUCAUCCUUUCAGGAUCGAUAAAAUAAGUACUAGAGGAAUACUGGGUCGAUGUAAUUGACUUACCCCCACCCCUCAAAAUUGCUGACCUUGUACCAAAAUUAGAAAGAAUUUUUCAGAGAUUAGUUUUGUCUGUGAGUUGAGGUUUCAUUACAUAUUACUUAUAGUUUCUGGAAAUAUUUUAGUAUCAAUAGAAUUGUCACUAGCUCAAAAGUAGUUCUGCCUUUGCAAUUAGAAGCACAAUAGUUGUGAGAUUAAGGUGCUGGACUGUUUACCACAUGAUCACAAGUUCAAACUUCACUACUAUAACCAUUCUGUUGUACUUCCGUAUAAUGCACAGGACUCUACUUUUCCAGUCUCUAGCAUUUUGGACUAGUCUAAGACAAAAAUGUCUUUGGGCUCUACUCUUUCACUUUGCUGCAGUUUGUCUGAAAGAAAUUUCAUAGCUGUAAGAAGAGUGGCCAUUUGCAUAAACAACUAUUUCAGCAAAUAAAUAUACUACCCAUGCUAGCUUGGUACAAAUGAGUAAAACUAUCCCCAUGAAUUAUUUUUAUUAAUUCAGUUCUAACGGAAUUAGAUAAUUUAUACUUUGCUGGUGAGUGUGAUAAUUCCACUCCAGUUAUCGAGCUGUGUAUGAAUCCUGGUUCACCUAAUCUUUGAAUCAUGCUUAUAUAUUUGGUCCCAGAUCAAAUAACUUGCCUGGCAUGUACACCUCUGCAAUUAAUAUCUCAUUUUUAUCGCUAAAGAAGGAAGCUGGUGUCAAGAAUACUUUCUGAAUUUUCAUAUUGAUUUCUUCUUUAGAUGAAAGCAUUUAGUAUUCUCACUUUCUAAUUAGAGAAACUGUCUCUGAUACUUAGCUGAUGGCUAGGUAGGAACCUAGAAUCAAAACCAUUGUCUCUUGGCUGUUUUUCUUCAGCUAAUAGGAGUCUAUGAUCAAAACCAUGAGCAAAGGGUUUUCUUUGCUCAUGUCAUAACAUGUACAGUAAUUUAGAAGAGGUCGGCAACAUAUUUUCAUUUACUUUACUUAGCUGUCCAUUUGUCUUGGCUGUACUGCUAAGCUACGCUACUAAUUUUGUCUUUAUUUCCAUAAAAAUAACAAUUUGAACAGGGGUGUUUAAGAACACAAAACUAAUCAGAGAUUUAAGUUGAAAUUGCAAUUGGUGCAAAUAUUUUGAAAUUGUUUCCAUAAUUUUACUACUUCAAUGAGAACAAACAUGUGUGUAUAUGAGUGUAUGUGUGUGCACGUGUAUGUAUGUGUUCAUGUGCAUGUGUGUGCAUAUGUGUUGGUGUGUGUGUAAAUGAAACAUGAAGUGAAAUUUUGAAAUUUUAAAUCCAUUUCAAGUGGUUUAGAAUAAGAAAAAGUAAGGAUGAUUGGCUGACUUCACCAAAAAUGUGACUGAUUUCUAAAAUGGACAAACAUAUUAUUUAAAUCAUAUUUAUGUGCCCUAUAUAAAACUGUCCACAUAACUAUAUUAGUGGCAAGAAUUAAAAAACAACAACAACCUAACAAACAAACAAACAAAAAUAACCAUUGUAGGAAAUGUGAUAUUUCUAAACUAUUAUAUAUUUAUACUCUGCAAUGAUGUAUUCUAUAGUAUUUAAUAGGCACACUAUGCAAUUUUGUUACUUAGCAAUUUUGCACAUUUUGCAAUGCCAUUUUAGUCUAACAAGGCACAUUUGCAAUCCUCUUUCACUGAAUCUAAUUUAAACUCCAGAAACUCUUUAUCAUUACUAAUAAUAAACUUGCUAAUUAUAGGGGUGAGUUUAGUGAAAAAUAUUUUUCAACACAGUUUAGCUGAAAAGAAAAUAUAUUAUGCAUUGUACAAAUAUACACCCCCUUUCCCCUCCAAGCUCUGGUUAUAUCCAUUUAAAAAUAAUUGUUUCAAACUAUGUUCUAAAUUAAUCAUGUGCUAAACCGUUCACAUUCAAUAUUUAUAUGCUGUUUUUAAUUCAUUUUUAACUGCAUAUUCAAAUUAUUUUUUUUUGCCUCACCACGUUUUAAUAUCAGAAAUGGCUGUCUAGGAUCAUUGAGUCCAUAACUAAAAUGCAAAUGGUACAAAAGUUAUUUUAAAUAAAUUUCAGUAAUAUAUGAAUGAUAAUUAAGUUUUUUAAAAAUGAUACUUGAUUGAGACACUAGUGUAGUAGUUAAUAUAUUAAGUAAAAACAUAUUCCAACUUAACAUAUACAGAAAAUUUAGGUAUAGUGGUGCAAAUAAUUUAUAAGGUGUAAACUGAUAUUAUACUCACUUUAUUAACUUUCUUUGCAUUGCGUUUCAUUUGUUUAGAAUAUAUUUUAAUCUUUAGAUGUUGCUGUUGUGACAUAUAAUUUUAAUUUCAAUUAGUUUAUCUUUACAAAAGCCAAAUUUCCAAGAAGUCCUCCAAAUCUAAGCCUAUUGCCUAAAUCCAUCCAUUCUUUUUUUGUUUUUCCUGCAUUUGUUCUUGUAACCCUUGUUUAGUGAGAUUUUAGCCCCUAGUAGCUUUCUGUCUGUCUGAAUUGUAAGUGAUAAACUGUGACUUGAAAUCCCUCAAUAUGAAAUUUAAAAUAUGCUAACAUUUUUAUUUUUUCAUUCUUUUUUAAUGAUAAAUAACUUUCAAAGCUGAAGAAAUUCAAUGUGUUUGUUUUAAUUACUUUUUUAUUUUGGCUGCUUAUGGCCUGGCUAAUGUAGGUAGUUUUUAACAUUUUAUCUUUCUGAAAGAAGCAUUUAUUAUUUCAUUAGGAAGGUGAUCUGGUGUCAGACAAAAUGCUUAGUGGUAUUUCAUCCUUUACGUUCUGAGUUCAAAUUCCACUAAGGUUGACUUUACCUUUCACCCUUUUGGGAUUGAUAAAAUAAGUACUAGUUAAGCAACGGGGCAGGUGUAAUUGACUUGUCCUCUCCCCUUAAAAUUGUUAGCCUUGUACCAAAGUUAGAAUUAUAUAAAGAAGAAAUUGUUUAUUCUUUUAUAUGGAAUAUUUCCUUCAUGAGGUAAACACAUUUUUUAGUGUUAUUUCAUUAUUUAUUUAGCAUUUCAAAUCUUAGGGAAAUGUUUUCUUUUUUUUCUAAAAAAAAAAAAAAAAAAAAAAGACCCCAUUACUGUUGGAAAUAAUAACUGUGCUACUGAACUAAAUGGCAAUAUUGCCAGGAAUCAAAAAGUUCUUUAUCAGAAAUACCUUUUGCUAAUGUAUUUAUGUAAAGUUAGAAUUUUUAGGCAACAUUAUUUUUUAUUGCCUUGUAUAGAGCAGCUGCAGUUAAUGUGCAGAGAAGUGCUUUCAGCAUAUAAACCCCCCAACACAUAUCUACACUCAGGACAGAUACAUGUUAUAUGUAAAAGACACAAAGAAAAAAGUUUUCAUAACUGACGGUAGAGUAUGUCAUUGUGGUUAGGUAUAUAUUUCCAAAGCAAUUUUUCUAAUAAGGAGACUGACUGAUAAUGUUUAAAAACAAUCAAGACAGAAUAUUUUUUUUUAACAAUUUUAUACAUGUGUAUGCUAGAUCUAACUAUUGCUAAUGAGGUAAAUUAAAACUUGCCCAAAUGCCACUUUUGUAGUUACACAAGAUGGGAUGUUUGAACAUAAAAGAAAAAAAAAAUCUAAAAAAAAAAAAGAAAGAAAAGAAAAUGACUGAAGUUAUUUCUGCAAGAGAAAGUGUAAAGAGAGUAUUGCUGUUAUCUGAAAAUGCUAUUGUUCGUGCCAUAUUAAUUAAUCUCAAAGAUUAUCAAUGGAAUAUACCAGAUAAAAAUUACUAUUACAACAACUUAAUCUUGUUUAUCUGUAAAUAAUGUUUUGCUUGGAAUCAUAAAAUUCCAUUGGGUGGUUUUUAACAGAACAAUGAAUAAUGCAUUUUUUUUAAAAAUGCAUUUGAUAUUUAAUGUAUUUUCUUUAUUUUUCCUCAUUUUGUUUGAAAUAACAGUAAAAAAUUUGCAUUAAUUUGCAAUGAAAGAAACUGGAA